AUGAAGAACAUCGCCAUCUUCGUAGCCGCACUGAAAUCGCUAUUCUGGACUAUGCAAGGAUGCGCCGAAUACAGGUCUUGCCACUGCUACGACGCCAACGGCAAGCCCAACGACGUGGCAACCGCCAUUAUAUGCGCUGGCAACCUGGAGUCGAGAACGGACUUAGAAAUCGUGUUUCGAGAGUGGUAUUACUAG